GCUGCACACUCAUUUCAUUUGUCUGCGUGUCUUCUCAUCUGGUGCCAACAUGAAUUUGAAGCUCCUCUUCUUUUGCCUCUUUCUUGCUGUGAUCCUCAUCCCAGCCCAAACAAAACCUGACAAACGUAAAAAGCAUCAUCGUCACCGUGACCAUGGAAAUGGUCCUCAAGAAAUCAGGGGUCGAAAACGUGGACGACAUGAAAGAAGGAGACAACUAUUUCAAGACAUAAUUAAUGACAUGUUCUUUGGAAUCUCUGGAGAAGAUGACGACGACGACGAUGAUGACCCAAGUGAAUGGCUCUUUGACAUUCAAGAGCCAGCGGGCCAAUGUGACCCAAACCCUUGCCAAAAUAAUGGCGUUUGCAAGGAAAAAGGAAAGAAAAGAAAAUUCAAAUGUGACUGUCAAAAACCUUUCAGGGGAAGACGCUGCGAGAAAGGACCAAGAAUUUGCAAGAAGGGUACAUGCGGUCGUGGCGAGUGUGUGUUGACUUCCACUCCACCUUAUUUUGAGUGCAAAUGCAAGCAUCCCUUCCAGCCGCCACGGUGUAGAACAUAUACUACUUGUGAGCCUAAUCCAUGUAUGAAUGGUGGAGAAUGCAUCAAGGACGGUGAUGACUUUGAUUGCAACUGUCCUGAAGGCUUCAGUGGUCGUUUCUGCAACGUUGGCCCUAACGACUGUUAUGAGGAUGAUGGCGAGUCAUAUCGUGGCAACGUGAGUGAGACGAUUGAUGGAGACGAAUGCCUCUAUUGGAACUCUCAUUUCAUCCUGGAGAGCGGAAUAGAUCCUUUCAACACAUUUGAGGACAGUGAUGGCCUUGGCCCUCACAACCGCUGCAGGAACCCAGAUGGCGACUUGUCACCAUGGUGUUUCUACAGAAGAGGCCAAAAACUGCUGUGGAAUUACUGCGAUGUAGACGAUUGUUCUGAAGAAGGGAUUGCGCCCUCAGAUGCUCCAUCUCCUCCAGCCCCUCCUGCUCCUUCAGCUACUUCAGCUAUUCCUAAUCCCCCUACUCCAGAGCCAACACCAGCUACCCCAGACCAAGAGCCAACCAAGCCUCCACAACCUAGCGAUGCCUCACCCACUCCCACAUUUUCUGAAACACGGUUCAGCACUUGUGGGAAGCCACAGCCAAAGAAACGCUUAUCUCGAAUCUAUGGGGGAUUGAAGGUGUCCCCUGGGGCAUUACCCUGGCAGGUCUCCCUGCAAGCGAGACCCAAGGGAUCUACUCAGAAGUACAAGCACAUCUGUGGAGGGGUUCUCAUUGAAAGCUGCUGGAUACUGACAGCUGGACACUGCGUUCAUAAACAAGAGGACAUGAAGGUGGUUAUGGGAGGACUCUCUCUGGACACCAGUGAGCCUACUGAGCAGAUCUUUGACGUUGAAGAAGCUAUUGUGCAUGAAAACUACAAGGAGACUCCAGUGUCAGUUCACAAUGACAUCGCAUUGCUGCGACUUGAAGACACAGAUGGUGUUUGUGCCAAUGAAACCCAGUUUGUGAAGGCAGCCUGUCUGCCCGAUGGUCCUCUAGAUGAUGGGGAGGAAUGUACCAUUUCUGGAUGGGGUGCUACUGAGGAAUCUGAUUAUGGUUCCAACCAUUUGUUGGAGGCCAAAGUUCUGCUGAUCAACCAAGAGAAAUGCUCUGAGAGCAGUAUUUAUGGCCCAGUUUUGGAUGAUAGCAUGUUCUGUGCUGGCAAUCUACGAGGAGGGGUCGAUUCCUGCCAGGGUGACUCUGGUGGACCGCUGACCUGUGAGCAGAACAGCACUCAUUUUAUUUAUGGUCUGGUGAGCUGGGGAGACCAAUGCGGAAAGAAAAAUAAGCCUGGGGUCUAUGCACGGGUCACUCACUUCCUGGACUGGAUCAAAUCAAAGACUCAAGCAUCACCUAAAUGAGGGGCAUUUACUGUCAUUCUGCAUCCAGUAGAACUUGGGGCCAAUGAUGUACUGAAGCUCACUUAUUAGGCUGACUAUGAAUGUAAUUAUAUCUAAGCCACAUAUGUACUUUUAAGGAGAACAUCUUGAAGUAUUCUACGUAUUUGGUAAUGAUUUGACGGUUAUGAUGAUGAUGAUAUCAAUUCCGUAAUAGCUUUGAGUCAGGAAUGCCUUAGAAAUUGUUUUACAUCUUUGGUUUAAUUGACUGUAAAGGAUUUAUGAAUUUAAAGAUGCAAUAUGUUCCCACACAUGAUUUUAUUAAACUAUUAGUGAACAAAUGA